CGCGUUUGCACUGCCCCCCAAGCGCCCGCUAACGUCACUCACUGAGUUGCCCAGUCACUCUCGCCAGCCGUUGAACAGGCAUCUCUUUGAAGCAUGUGGGUUGUUUGCUGCAUUGCCUUCUGCAUCGAUCUAGUCCACUCACCGACACCGACGCCGAAGCCGUUCAACCUCAUCUACUUCUAGCUAUCGACCAUACACGUUCCGCCUCCAAACCCGUUCUGGGACCCGAUAACAUAGACCAGCAACAUCCGAUUGAUUCGCCAUGGCGGAUUCCAACGCGCCCAAACCAUCCAGCAGCGUCAAGCUGGUGCUCCUCGGCGAAGCUGCUGUCGGAAAGUCGUCCCUCGUCCUCCGGUUCGUGAACAACGACUUCCAAGAAAACAAGGAGCCCACCAUCGGCGCCGCCUUCCUCACCCAGAAAUGCAACCUGCCAACGAGAACCAUCAAGUUUGAGAUCUGGGACACAGCCGGCCAGGAGAGAUUCGCCUCCCUAGCCCCCAUGUACUACCGCAAUGCCCAAGCCGCUCUCGUCGUCUACGAUCUCACCAAGCCCACAUCCCUCAUCAAGGCCAAGCACUGGGUAGCAGAGCUGCAGCGGCAGGCGUCCCCCGGCAUCGUCAUUGCGCUGGUGGGCAACAAGCUAGAUCUCACAAACGGUGCCUCGGGCGAGGGCGGUGCUGGGGGUGAGGCCGCCACGGGUGGCGACGAUGCCGACGAUUCCGGUGAUGCUCGCAAGGUCUCGACCGAGGAGGCCAAGGCGUAUGCAGAGGAGGAGGGCCUCCUGUUCUUCGAGACCAGUGCUAAGACUGGCACCAACGUCACCGAGGUGUUCACAGCCAUCGCCAACGCCAUUCCGGAGACGUCACUCAAGAGCGCCAGGGGCCAGGGGGCCUCUCAGGCGGCUGGCAGGGCAGGGGAGGAACAGCGCGUCAACCUCACUGGCCCGAGGGAUCAGGCUGGUAAGGACAGCUGCGCGUGCUGAGGCUGGCUGUCCGGGACGGAGGUGUUCGAAUAAAGCAUUGCAUUUUCUGCCUUCCAAAGGAUGGAUGCCCGGUAUUAGGGGGUGAUAGAUCAAAGUCUCGAGGGCAGGUCACUUGGGCGUAAUUCGUCGUCUUGCGUUUAGCACAUCCCCGUCACUUAGUCAAGUAGCGAAUGUAACUACUUCUUUUCCUGAA